GGCGGAGUCUGAGUCUCCAAAUCCGGCCGGGGUCCGGUGCGAGUGCGGCGGCCCCGCAGUUUGUGGCCCUGGGCAGUGAGGGGUGCGCGCAGGUGGACGAUGUGGAAGCUGGUGAGCUGGCUGACCCUGGUUACAGGGCUGGUGGCUGGAAUUCAAUGCCCUGAUGGGCAGCUAUGUCCUAAGGCCUGCUGCAGGCAACCAGAAAGAACAGGUUACCAUUGCUGUGAUUCAUCUUGGGAUUCACAGCCAUCCGUAUCUGUAGCAAAAAAUGCACAAGAUGGCAUCAUGUGCCAGGGUGAUGCCCAUUGUCCCACUGGCUUCUCCUGCGUCUUCACCCCUUGGGGGAACUCCAGCUGCUGCCCCUACCCAGAGGCGGUAGCAUGUGGUAAUGGGCAUCGCUGCUGUCCUCGUGGCUUCCACUGCAGCCCAAAUGGUCAUUCCUGCUUUAAGGUACAAGGUGCCAGCUCCAGGGCAGUGAAAUGUCCAGACAGCCAAUUUGAGUGCCCCAAUGACUCCACCUGCUGCGUGAUGCCGGAUGGCUCCUGGGGCUGUUGCCCCAUGCCCCAGGCUUCUUGCUGUGAAGACAAAAUUCACUGCUGCCCCCAGGGCACCUCCUGUGACCUGGCUCAUGCCCGCUGCAUCACAGCCAGUGGUGGCACCUUCCCAUGGGCACAAAAAACCCUUGCUAAAAAGACUCAGCAGGACAGGGAAGCGAUGACGGUCACCAAAGUGGUUUGCCCAGAUGCCCAUUCCCAGUGCCCUGAGGGCACCACCUGCUGCCAGCUGCCCAGCGGAUCAUAUGGCUGCUGCCCAUUGCCAAAUGCGGUCUGCUGCCAAGACCAACAGCACUGCUGCCCCCAGGCCACCAUAUGCGACCUGCAGGAGGGUAAAUGCCUCUUCAAAGCAGGAGGUGCCACUGACCUCCUUACCAAGCUGCCUGCAGAAACAGUGCAGGAGGUGAAGUGUGAUGGACAGAUGAGCUGCCCAGAUGGCAACACCUGCUGCCGCCUGCAGUCCGGAAGCUGGGGGUGUUGCCCGUUUCCUGAGGCCGUGUGCUGCGAUGACCACAUCCACUGCUGCCCCCAUGGCUACACCUGUGACACAGAGGCGGGCCAGUGUAAACAGGGGGCCCUCAGCACGCCACUGCUGAAGAGCAGCACUUCCCUCACUACGGGGGGCAAUGUCCCCUGCGACAACACCACCAGCUGCCCCCCCAGGACCACCUGCUGCCUCCUGGAAUCGGGGGAGUGGGGCUGCUGCCCUGCCCCAAAGGCCGUGUGCUGCCCUGACCACAAGCACUGCUGCCCCGAAGGCUACGUCUGCCACCCAGAGGGCUGUAAGAAGGAGCACCACAUGGUGCCCUGGCUGCCCAAGAGGCCGGCCUCCCAACUUCCGGCGUCUAGCUCUGUGGAUUGUGACCAGCACACCAGGUGCCCGGAUGGACAGACCUGCUGUCCCAGCCUCCGAGGGGGCUGGGCUUGCUGCCAGCUUCCCCACGCUGUGUGCUGUGAGGAUCGCGAGCACUGCUGCCCGUCAGGCUAUACCUGCAAUGUGAAGGCCAGGUCCUGUGAAAAACAAGGCUUGGAAAAGCCCCCCACCUCCUCCCAGCCCCUGACAGUGGGGAUGGACAGCGGGGACGUGCAGUGUGAGGGCAGGAGAUACUGCCACGCCCACCAGACCUGCUGCUCAAACAAGGCUGGGGGCUGGGCCUGCUGCCCACUGGAAAAGGGGGUGUGCUGUCCUGAUGGCCUGCACUGCUGUCCCAAUGGCUUCCGCUGCGGGGCCAAGGGCACCAAGUGUUUUCGAAAGAAGAAGCUUCAGUGGGAUAACCUCUGGAAGCUGCUAUGACUGGGACAGACCCCACGGGCUGGCCGCUCUCCUCCAGGCACUCCGCCCCAGCUGUAAGGAUGCUGCCAGGGGGAGUUCGUCACUCAGGCCUCCUCAGCUCUGGCUUCCCCCACAGUGGGUCUUCUCAGCCCCUUCCUCUCCACGUUCCUCAUCAUGGUCAUUCAACUUCCUGGCAGCAAGGCCAGUCCGGGCUUUUCCCCUCAGAUCUCCACCUCAGCCCCCGGGGCAUCGGUGGGCAGCACAGAGCCAGAGGCAAGCCUUCGUGCUAUGAUUUUCCAUAGCACUAGUCAUCUGAGUUUGGGGGGAGGUUCCUCUGGACUUUGAGGGUUCCAUUUAUCUGACUGCUCUUUCCUCCUGUACCUAAGGGGGAUGUUUGAGAGGGGAUGACACGGCAAUAAAAUUUAUACAGUUUGUUAAAA